GGCUGUCCGUGCUCUGCCUGUCAGCGGCCCUGCGCUCCGGCAUGUGUGAGGCAGCCUGCCGGGCCCUGUCAGGCCCCCUCCCAUCACCUGAUCCUCAGAAGGCCUUCCUGUGCUCCUCCCCAUCAGGUGAACUACCUCCAGAGCACACGUGGUUUAUAGUCGGGUAUCUUCAGGGUCGAAAUAGCGGGGGCGGGGCCAGGCGUCAGCCGGCCCGCGUGGAGGAGGGAACGAAAGGCGGCGCCUCCACCGUGGCCGUGGCGCGGCGCAGGCACGAGCGGGACUUGGGCUGGAGAGAGCGCCGGAAGCAGCCGCUGCAGCAUCAGCACCCGUCAGCUCGGAGCUCCGCCUGGCCGCCGCGUCGCGUGCACUCCUCGCACUGCACUCCGUUCCUGUCGAACUCAACGGCUAUUAAUGGCAUGUGGCUUGUAACUUUACUGCUGCUGUAUUCUUUACGAGAAGUCCACAGUGAGGAUGGUGUCUCCACGCGGCUGUACUUUGUGAACGCCUCCGUGCAGCGUGUGAGCUUCUCCAGCUCCGUGGGCGUGUCCCUGCCCUGCCCAGCGGGUGGAGCUCCGCACGCCGCUCUGCGCUGGUACCUCGCCGCCGGGGACGACAUCUACGACGUGCCGCACAUCCGCCACGUGCACGCCAACGGCACGCUGCAGCUGUACCCCUUCUCCCCCUCCGCCUACAACAGCAUCAUCCACGACAACGAAUACUUCUGCACCGCAGAGAACCAGGCCGGCAAGAUACGCAGCCCCAGCAUCCACGUGAAAGCAGUGUUCCGGGAGCCCUACACGGUGCGCGUGGCCGACCAGCGCUCCAUGCGGGGGAACGUCGCCGUCUUCAAGUGCCUGAUCCCGUCGGCGGUCCAGGAGUACGUCAGCGUGGUCUCCUGGGAGAAGGACACCGUCUCCCUGCUGCCAGGACCCCCCGGGGGCCCCCAGCCCCUGCCGGCCCGCGGCGUGCCUGUCCUGGUUGCUUGUUCUGGAUUCAACCAGAACUGA